GAGCGGUGCGGGGCGGCCGCGUCUCCUCCCCGGGCAGGGCCUGCGGGCCGCGCCCCGCCGCCUCCACCCCUCCCCCGGCCGGCCGCUCCCUCCCUCCGCCGAGCCGGAGCGGGGAAUGGGCGGUCCCGGCCCGUAGCCCCCGGCUGCGGCUGCUCCUCCUCCCGGUCGCAGCGUCUCGGCGGCCUCCGCCCGAUGCUGGCGGAGCUCGGGGUCUCGGCGGCGGCGUUGUGAGCGCUCCGGCCGGGCCGCCGCCGCCAUGUCCGGCGUGGUGCGCACCCUGAGCCGCUGCCUGCUGCCGGCCGAGGCCGCGGGCCGCGCCGGGGAGCAGCCGCGGAGGGACGGCAAGGAGCGGAGCCGCGAUGCGGAGCGGGAGGCGCGGCGGCGCAGCCGGGAGAUCGACGCGAUGCUGGCCCGGGAGCGGCGCGCCGUGCGCCGCCUCGUCAAGAUCCUGCUGCUGGGCGCCGGCGAGAGCGGCAAGUCCACCUUCCUCAAACAGAUGCGGAUCAUCCACGGCCGCGAGUUCGACCAGAAGGCGCUGCURGAGUUCCGGGCCACCAUCUACGAGAACAUCCUCAAGGGCUGCAGGGUUCUGGUUGACGCACGGGACAAACUGGGGAUCCCUUGGCAGUACACGGAGAAUGAGAAGCAUGGAAUGUUUCUGAUGGCCUUUGAAAACAAAGCUGGAAUGCCCAUCGAGCCUGCCACCUUCCAGCUCUAUGUCCCUGCCCUGGGUGCUCUCUGGAGGGAUUCAGGAAUCAAGGAAGCCUUCAGCCGCCGCAGCGAGUAUCAGCUGGGUGAAUCAGUGAAAUACUUCCUGGAUAACCUGGAUCGGAUCGGUCAGCUGAAUUAUUUCCCCAGCAAACAAGAUAUUUUGCUGGCCAGAAAAGCCACAAAGGGGAUAGUAGAGCAUGAUUUCAUCAUUAAAAAAAUUCCUUUCAAGAUGGUGGAUGUAGGGGGACAGAGAUCUCAGCGUCAAAAAUGGUUCCAGUGCUUUGAUGGAAUAACUUCAAUUUUGUUCAUGGUCUCCUCCAGCGAAUACGACCAGGUCCUCAUGGAAGACAGGCGCACAAACAGACUGGUGGAGUCCAUGAAUAUCUUUGAGACAAUAGUCAAUAACAAGCUUUUCUUUAACGUUUCCAUUAUCCUAUUCCUCAACAAGAUGGACCUUCUGGUGGAGAAGGUAAAGACAGUCAGCAUUAAGAAGUAUUUCUCGGACUUCAAGGGCGACCCUCACCGGCUGGAGGAUGUGCAGCGUUACCUGGUGCAGUGCUUUGACAGGAAGAGGAGGAACCGCAGCAAACCCCUCUUCCACCACUUCACCACGGCCAUCGACACGGAGAACAUCCGCUUCGUGUUCCACGCCGUCAAGGACACCAUCCUGCAGGAGAACCUGAAGGAUAUCAUGCUGCAGUGAAGGAGGGCAGCCCCAGCUCGGUUGAAAUUUCGCUGGAGGGUUCGAUCGAAGUUUCUGUCCUUUCUUUGUGGCCCUUGCAUGCGGCGUAGGACCCGUGCAAAUUCCUUGGCUCAGGAAUGCUGUACACUAGCCAGUCCAAACAGAGGAGCUAUAGGCCGGAGGAGUCAUGUUGAUGUUAGCUACUGAAUCAUUUGGACUAGAAACACUACUGAAACCUGGCCGUGGGAGCUUCUGUCCCGAGUUUGGAACGCUGAGUAACACAACCACCGUCUGCCUUCUUGGAGAAYAGAAAUCUCUGACAAACCAUGUAUGGAAGACACAUUUGAAAUGAAUACACUCAUUUUUCAGAGACACUAGUUGUACAAACUGCCUUUUUUUUUGUAGUUUGCAGGUGCUGAAUCGAUCAAACUAAUCUAAACAUGAUGAGAUUGGCAGCUGUAUUGGAGAAUGUUAAUGGAAGUUCCAUUCUUAACCCUUAGGAAUAUAACCAGGUCUUGUGUGCAUGUUCAGCUUUGCCAAGGGUCUAGAACCCACCUCCCAAGGUGGAUGCACAGCUCUUGCCUGAAGGUUUUGCAUGAGUCUCCUGAGACAGAAGUUUAAAACUGUGUAAGGAAACUCAUGUUGGAGUAAAUGGGAUGGGAUGUUAAGGCCUCGCUGAUACGGAGAAGGGUUUAUUUUGCACUAUGUGUGAAGGGUGUUACAUCAUGGGAAAAUGGAUUUCCUUGGUGCAGCAGCCUGUGCUGGAGCACCCAGCCAUGGGUCUGCACAGUGGGUGCUCGAGGGAGAUGUGCUGCAUGGAAAACCAGAGCUGUUCUCACACCCACAGCGGGCAGCGUUUGUGAAGGUUCAGUAUCUCACGUGACAGGGCUUCAUCUGURCUCUAAAGAUUGAAAGUUGAUUAAACUCUAAGCAAAGGUUUUGRUAGCACAGCAGCUGCUUGAUUAGUUCCCAACAGCUGACCUUGUAGGAAGACUGAACACCCUGGAGAUCCCARCUUUCCAGCUGUGCUGAUGUAUUUGGACAGCAAGACCUUGCUGUAAAAUUAGCCUUUAAUCUGUGUCUUAAUGGGAUCUUUAGCCUAURGUGAUGCACACGGAACUCGGAGCACAGUCCGGUUUGGAGUCGCCCCUUUUGGGCACUGCUUUGUGUGUAAAAUGGCAAGAGGCUGUGAAUCAUUUGGAUGUGAACUCUGAAUUUCCUUGUGCUCUCAAUCUCUGCCAGGUGCCUUUUCUGUGUACAGACAUUGAAUCUUUUCUACUACAGUGGGGUACAUGGRCAAACUGAAGAUAUUGUAGUGCUAUCCUUUAGGUAACUCACAGUUUACUGUGCAAUUUUUGUYAUAGUUUUUAUCCAAGAAUAAAACCUGAAGGGCUGUUUGUACCCAUAAAAAGUCAGCAGAUUCCCUGGAGUUCUUAUCCCCUUUGAGCCUGUAAUGGCAUGUCAAAACAAGCAAWGUUUUACUUCAGCUGGUAAUCCCAUGGGAAAUGUGGUCAAAGCAAAGUCCUGUUCCGUUGUCCUUUCAWGUUAAUUUGGAUAAAAUCUGGAAUCUUUCUUCCCCUCUGAAGCUUGCAGAUGUUCAUAUCAGUAUUUUUGUGUAGUUUCCUGAUGCAGCUUUCUUUGUACAGGCUGUGGAAAAGCUGUGGCUGUUUCAGUCCCUGUGACAGGCACAGAAUCGAGGUAAGAAGCAACAGAGAAGUUGCAGAUGGGAAAAUCUUAAAUUUGAGCAAACUUAAACAGGAAUUAGCUUCCUUGUAACAAGUCUUAUUUUGCCAGGACCAACUCUGUCUUUUAAAUAUUUAUUAAUUUUUAACCUUGAAGGAGAAGAAUGUUAUGUGACUAAUAUUCAGAUGGGGGGAAAUCUUAAGAUUAUUACAUUUGAAAAGGAAAAUGUUUCACCACAGUGUGAUGCAAACAAGUUUACUCAUCACAUAAGGUUGGUUUCUCUGAGCCCAUUUGUUUGGCUGAAGACUAAGGCUGCUUUCAAAACUUUCAGUUGUUUUCUGAGUUCUUGGUAGUGGUUUUCACUUCUCACAAGACACUGGGAAAGAGGAGGCAGUUGUGGGCUCACCUGACUUUCUAGGUUGACUUGACUUUAGUUCUUMGUUUGCUGUGAGCUUUAUUCUUUCACUAAAUUUUCCAGAUGGGUUARUAUUGUGCUUGUUUUCUCAAAUGAGUUAAACAUUCCCUUUCAACUGUAUUUUUUCUCAAGAAUUACCUCAGUUUUGUGUCUGAAUCUACUGUAGUUUACCUGGGAGGUAUAGCAUGGAAUUUCCUGUUCUGUUUUUCUCUCCAUACUCAUCCCUGGUUUUGUAUCCUUAGUCACCUUACAGAUUUAAAACUCUCAACAGAGCUAAUGAUGCAACUUGUAUUUUAAAUAACUUAAAAUCUGCACCUGGAAAACAAACAGCAUGAGAGAUCUCACACUGAGCUCUCAAGCUUUUUUUCUUUUUUUUUUGUAUGAUACGGCAGUUUUGCACACUAAGUCAGUUUUAGGGAACCAGUUUGCUCACCUUGGGCCCAUUAUUGCCUUUCUUGUUUUUAUUGAUGAAAUGGGCCUGAGUGUGGGGCUGCAGAUGAAAAUCAAUGGUUUGGCUGUGUGGGYUCAGUGUUCUGUCAGGUUUGGAUGGUGAUGGACCACACCAGGAACCCAAGGUCAGCAAACUCUCCUUGCAAAAGUCAAGCACUUUGCAAGUUUGCCAAGGAGCUGGUCUGUGAGUAAAAAGGACAUGGGGGUCUUUUUUAAGUGUCAGCUUUCUCUGCACAAUACACUCCUUGCCACAACUGAGGGGUUUGGGGUUUUAUUUUCAAGGUAAGUUGUAGUAUAAUAAAGCCAGAAAAUCAUGUUAUGCUAAAUCAGUGAAUUACUAAAGCAGUUGAGGUAGAUGAGGUUGUUCACACAUCUCGGGACAGGCUUGG